CUAUGAAACUACACUCAAUGCCAAAUCCACUCUUCCUGAGAUCUCUUCCUUAAAUGAUUGACAAUGUAGGGAGACAUAAGAUUUAUAAAUAACGCAUCUAGCUUGGUCCUGGAAAUCAUCAAAAUCACCAAAUUAAAAGACUCAAGAAGCCAUUAUUAGGUCAAUCACCAUCUCUACGGGCCCUUUACCGGAAGAAACAAUAUAAGGCAGAGUCCAUCAUCACCUUCUUCGUCUCGCCCGGCAGAACUGUAGAUCAGUUCCCAAUUGCACAAAAUUAAGGUUCGACGUGCAUAAAAAUUAGGCAGGGGCAUUUCGCGUCAUAAAAACAUUUACUCGAGGUCCUCCACAGCCCCAGAUCCCAGCUACCACCCCUUAAUUCCAGGGCCGCACCCCAUCUCGCCUUUAAAUACCCCACUCACUCAUUACCCUUCUUUAUCACUCCGGAAUCCGUGCUCCCCUGCCAUGGCAAUGGCGGUGACCAUACCUUACGCCUUCUUCGUCUCUCUCCUUGCUUUCCUGCUCAUCGCCAAUGGCGCUUCGAAGCGCCUCGAGUACCAAACCCUUGUCGUCACCCCUCUCCGGCCCACUCCCGCUCUCCUCCCCGACGACGACUUCCUCACCUGGACUUCCGACUCUCAAACCCCUGCCGACGAGACGGACCUCUCCCCUGCCGGCGGCGGAGCCUUUUCCUCCUCCUUCCACGUCAGCCUCGCCCAUAGGGACUCCCUCCUCGCCGCCAACACCACCCCGGAGCACCUCCUCCGCCUCCGCCUCGGCCGGGAUGCUGCCCGGGUGGCCAACCUCCAUAAGAUCCUCGCGGCGGCAACGGCGGCCGGGAAUGCCACCCACGCCGUCGGGGCUCGGCCGAGGGGGUUCAGCGCCUCGGUGGUGUCCGGGCUUUCCCAGGGCAGUGGGGAGUACUUCACCCGAAUCGGGAUCGGCACGCCGGCGAGGUACCUGAACAUGGUGCUCGACACCGGCAGCGACGUGGUGUGGCUCCAGUGCGCACCCUGCAGGCGUUGCUACUCCCAGACGGACCCCAUCUUCGAUCCCCGCCAGUCCCGCUCUUACGCCGCCGUCCCCUGCGAGGCGCCGCUCUGCCGCCGGCUCGACGUCGCCGGAUGCGACACCCGCCGCCGGUCGUGCCUCUACCUGGUCUCCUACGGCGAUGGGUCGAUUACCACCGGCGAGUUCUCGACGGAGACCCUCACCUUCCGCGGCGGCGUCCGGGUGGCGCGGAUCGCGCUGGGGUGUGGCCACGACAACGAGGGGCUCUUCGUGGCGGCCGCAGGGUUGCUGGGGCUCGGCCAGGGGAGCCUCUCGUUCCCGUCCCAGGCGGGCCGGCGCUUCGGUCACCGGUUUUCCUAUUGUCUGGUGGACCGAACCUCCUCCGGCUCCGCCGCCUCGCCGGUGAAGUCCUCCUUGGUGGUGUUCGGCGACUCGGCGGUGCCCCGGCCGGGGGCGGCGGUGGCGUUCACGCCGAUGUUGCGGAACCCGAAAAUGGACACGUUCUACUACGUGGAGCUGACGGGAAUCAGCGUGGGGGGUUCCCAGGUGGCCGGAGUCUCGGCGGCGGACCUUCGGCUGAACCCGGCGACAGGGAAGGGAGGGGUGAUCGUGGACUCGGGGACAUCGGUGACGCGGCUGGUGCGGCCGGCGUACGCGGCGCUGCGGGACGCGUUCAAGGCCGGCGCGGCGGAGCUGAGGGAGGCGCCGGGCGGGUUCUCGCUGUUCGACACGUGCUACAACCUUGCCGGGAAGACGGAGGUGAAGGUGCCGACGGUGGUGAUGCAUCUCGGCGGCGGGGCGUCGGUGCCGCUACCGGCGGAGAACUACCUGAUCCCGGUGGACACCAAGGGGACCUUCUGCUUCGCCUUUGCCGGGACCGAGAGCGGGGUGUCCAUCAUCGGUAACAUCCAGCAGCAGGGUUUCCGGGUGGUCUUCGAUGGCGCCAGGUCGAGGGUGGGGUUUCUGCCCCGCGGGUGCUAACUAAUCUCGGUGGGGGCGGCCGUCGGCGUCGGGUGGAGAGCUCAAAAGGCUUCCGUGUCCCGCCCGGUGUCGUUUCCGCGCGAGCCGUUACGUUCUAUCUCUAGUAUCAUAUUCUGUUAAGAGGCUGAAAAGAAGCGAGAGUAAAGUACCUGGUUUAUGUUUUUGGCUAUUAAAUGACCACGUUGUGGGCAAGCUUCUAACGUUGUUUUACUUAAGUUUUUGUAUUA